AAUGAGGGGGAAAUAUCGGGCACAGCCACGUAGAAUCCGGGGUCUAUGAGCGUUCAGGUCCCACCCGCCGUCGUUUUCGCGACCACUGAGAGGAGAUUGUCAGUAUGGCCUCUUGAGGCUCCAUCGUAGUAUGCAAAGCUUGCACCAACCCGCGCUCAGCCGCCCCGCACUUUGCUGUCAGCAGCCAACCUUCGCCCAUGGCUCCUUCGACUAUUCAGCCUCGUGAAAACUCAUUCACGGUGUGGACUUACACGAGAAGUCUCUUCGACCUCGUAUAUAUAAAUCUCUCGUCAAUCGUCACUUCAAGAUAACUUUCUAUCGGCAUCUCCAACGCAUUCUACCUCUCUAAUAAUGCCUUCCUUCACUAAGACCGCCGCUUCUUUGGCCUACCUCGCAGCCGUCGCGAUGGCAACCCCCAUUGAGAGGCGAGGAGAGUACCCGGUAACGACCAUCAGCAGUUUCACCGCUCCUAGUUCCACCGCAACCUCUGCCUCCAGCUACAGCACCGCUACCCCCAUUACUUACCCUCCACCUGUUAAUACUUGCUCGCCUGGGACCAACGGUAGCGCUUGGCAGCCGACCAUGUACAACAUCUUCCCGCAAGACCCUGACCACUCGGAGCCGUCGGUAUCCUUCAUCAGGAUAGCUACGGAGGAGAACAAGGCACCGAUCGAGCAGGUCAUAGUGUUCCGGGGCAUCCCGGCCGGAGUCAAGACGUGCAACCUCAACUGGGACCAGGCCGCGGAGGCGGAGCGCAACUUCACCGUUACCGGCAGCGGGCUCGCGGGUCUGCAGCAGCUGGACGGGUUCCCGUACGGCACACCGGUCUCUUACUCCAGCGUGUCCCCGUUCGUCCCCGAGAACGGCAAGGCCACGCACGCCGACUUCACCUUCUGGGACAAGCAGUCCAAGGACGCCUGGGCCCACUCCGUCGGCCCCGUCAACUGCAGCGAGGAGAUCUACAUCAAGCUCACGCUCGACCCCCUCAGCGGCUACGGCCGCGUCUACAUGGACCAGGACAAGAAGAACGGCUUCCACAUCGACUACACUUGCUAAAUGGAAAACGAAACGGAACGGAACGGAACGAAAUGAAAUGAAUAUAGCAGGGAAAGGAAACUCACUCAUCUUACGACUUUUAUCACACGCAUUAGCGUUGGCGUUUUAAAGAUGGCAUCUAUCUACCUUUCUCUUAAUUUUGUCGUUUUGAAGUGUACCUUAGGUACCUUUCGUGAUGCCUAGCAAGACCAUCCUUACCUACCUGUGACCAAGAGGUAGACCUCAUAAACACCAUGUAAAGGUCAUCUCAUGUGGCUAUCAAAGUAGAACUUGCUCCGAUGGUCCUUAGUGUUACCUAUAU